CUCUCCCCUCCCCUCCCUCCCGAUCCCACCCGCCGAACCGAUCCCGGCCGGAUCUGCCGCCGUCCUACGCCCCCCUCCCACAUCGCCACUGCCGCCACACACCGCCGAUCCCCUCACAUCCGGCCGGUGGCCAUGGCCUCCCGUAUCUCCCCGACAGCCGCCACUCCCGUACCCUCUCCAGACCCCUCCCCUCCCCUUCCCUCACCAGAAGAGGAAGAUAAGAGGUAGGGAGACCGAGCGGCCACCAUGGCGCGACCAGAUCCGCCACGGUUGCCCAUGGUUUCUUCGACCUGGGCCUCGACGGAGGUCGCCAUGGCCUGCUCCGUGCCGAUCCUCUCUUCCUCACCUCACAUCAGGCGGUGGCCAGAUCGAGGCGGAUUCGCGCCAUCGUCAAUGGCCUUGACGGAGGUGCUCGCGUGGCGGCUUCUUCCUCCUGCUUCUGCUCGGCCGUUGCCGAUGACACGGAGCUUCCUAGCCUACCAGGAAGGGGGAAGAAGAGACAACGGGACGGAAGGAAGGAGGCAGCCGGGAAUCGACGUGUUGUACUCGAUGGAGAUAGCUGACGCCCGGGUAACCCCAUCCUCCCAAGCUUGCAUUGACCAUAGAGGCGCCCCACAGAAUCCAGCCAGGACCUACAUCCUUGAAUCAGAAGGUGAAGCCAUACACCGAGUGUGUCAAUUAUGCACUGCAACACCGUUGAUACUAGCGGUGUGCGCGAUGGUCCGGGCCAAGCAGAGAAAGAUAGGUGAGAUAUGCAAGGCCUCUGCCACGAAGACUACACGUUGUACAAGUGUGUGUCCUGAUUUACAUGCUCGCCAUUGUACAUGAUGUAAGUGAUACUGAGAUGCUCAUGGGAGUGGUGGUUCUUAAUCUGUCAAUGGUGUGACUAUGUGUUUACGUUGUAUCCUGGUAGAAUUAUUAUGUUUAGCUCUCUACUCUAGUAUAGUGCUGCCUGUAGAGGCCACCGUGAUUUUGUUAUACACAUGAUGAUGAUGCAAGUAUGGACUGCUGGUUGUUUCAUA